GAGUGACAAGGUGCAGGUGGCGGGAAAGUAGAAAAUAACAGCGGAUAGACUUUUAGGUUUGAUUGAAAUAUGGCUAAUAAAGGUCGAAAAAAUCCAAUUAAAAACCAGAAAGAAAAGGCAACCUAUAAUUCGCUGUAUGAAUUCAAUGAAGAUGAUACAAAAAAACUGGGGAGCAGCUAUGAGACUGAACAGCUAGAAGAGGCCACAAUGCAGCUUGGGAGGAAACGGUUGGCAUCCAGUGCAGUGACUGAUCAGGAAGAUGAAAUGGAUGACAUUAAUGUGGGUGGUGAUGUGGCCACCAUGCUUGAACGGUUUGGAGCUGAUAUUAAUAAAGCUAUCUUGGCUAAGAAGAAACGACUGGAGGUGUACACGAAAUCAUCAUUAAAGACCAGCAACCAAAAGAUAGAACAAGUGUGGAAGGUGCAACAACAAGAAAGACAAAAGCUGACUGAUGAUUACUGUAAGCAAUUUACUGGAAUCUUUCAGCAGUGGGAGAAAGACAUUCAGAAGGCCAAGGACCAGGAAGAGAAAAUAGAAAACCUUUUUAGGCAGCAACAGAAGCUUUUCCAACAGAUGAGAGUAGUCCAAGGACAAAGGCUGAAAAGUAUUAAGCAGCUAUAUGAACAGUUUCUGAAGAAUUUAGAGGAAUUGGAGAAGAGUCACACAGAACAACAGUCGGCUGUACAGAGUGAACUUCGCAAGGAGAUGGCCCUCUUUCAGAAAAGGAUUUUAAUGGAUACUCAACAACAGGAGAUGGCCACAGUACGGAAAUCUCUACAAUCCAUGCUAAUGUGACAGCAUUCAGGAGAUACACUGCUUGGAAACCAUUCGACGAAAUGUGGCUUUGUAACAGUAACUGAGUUUAUAGUUGCUAUUUUAAAAUGCUGGUUAAUUUUAAAUCUACUUUCAUGUUAAUUGUAGCAGUAAAGAGUAAGCUUUUCUGUGCUUGCCCAUUUGG